GCCUCGUGCGCGCGCCCGGGGAGCACAAGCACAGCUCGCGGAGCGACGGUUUUACAGGCUCCAGUUUCGUUCGGCAGACAGUUGGGACAGUUGCGCAGCUCCACGGGCAGCGAGUUGGGACAAAGCGGAACCUUCAGCCCACAGACGAAGACCGAAAGUGCAACUAUGGGAAACGGCUGCAUCACAGUUACCAAGUAUUUUCUAUUCCUCUUCAACCUUCUCUUCUUUGUAUUUGGGGCACUGAUUGCAGGCUUUGGACUAUGGGUUCUUUUUGAUAAAGAAAGCUUCAUUACGGUUCUACAGGAAUCCUCAGAGACGGUGAAAGGCGCUUCCUACAUCCUCAUCGGAGUGGGUUCCCUGUCUAUGGUCAUGGGCUUCUUUGGCUGGAUUGGAGCCAUCUGUGAAAUCCGUUGUAUGCUGGGUCUGUAUUUCACCUGCCUCCUCCUCAUCCUCAUCGCCCAGAUCACAGCUGGAGUUCUCAUUUACUUCCAAAGAGACCGGUUGAGACAUGAGAUGUCCAACAUCGUACAGGGCAUCAUAGUCAACUACACAGGCAACAGGACCACUGAGCACGCUUGGGACUAUGUUCAACGACAAAUGGGGUGUUGUGGAUGGACUGGUCCAGGAAAUUGGUCUGAGAACGUUUCGGUCAGAAACAGCUCCAAACACUUCUACCCGUGUUCCUGCCGGAAUGUGUCGAUGCACGGCACAGACGUGUCGUCGGGGGGUCUGUGUGAACACCUGUCCCCAGAGUUACCUGUUUUUGAAACGGGCUGUAUUAGCAGUGUGGAGAAAUGGCUCGCGGACAACUGUGGACUUAUUUUGGGAAUCUGUGCCACCGUGGUUGUAGUAGAGCUCCUCGGAAUGAUCCUCUCCAUGUGUCUCUGCAAGAGCGUCGUCCAAGAGGAUUAUACCAAAGUACCGAAGUACUGAGCUGAAGCUGGUCAGCACAGAAAGAUGGACCUCUACUUGUCUCACAUUCUCAUUCAUGCACACACACACAAACAGGAAAUGAAACAGUUGUCUUCACCAUUUCUUUAGCUCGUGCUUUGACAGCUGUGGAAACCUCUCACCCUCCACAUGUCCCACCCACCUGUCAGUCAAGCUUGACACACUUGUUGACAAUAAGUUCAAUAAGUUAUUUUUGUUGUCGUUUUGUUUGUGUUUUAUAAGUAGAUAUUUUUGAUGGAAGCCUGAGAAUUCUGUUUGAUCCUAUGCAAAUGUUCAUUCAUGUGUAAUAUUUUCCUUGGAUGACCUCAAUGAACCGCUUAACGUUAGUAGGGAGAGCACUUUAGUGACACUUGGUGAGCUGCGAACCAGAGCAUCUUCUUCCUCCAGGGUAGGGAGAUGAGAGGGAGGCGGGAGGGUGUGGGUGUGCUCGUGGAUUAAUGCCAUUCUGUGAUCUUGUAGCUGGUAUUUUUAGUGGGAAGGGUGGAGGAAAUGCCCAAAGCCGUGCUGCUGUGGUGGAGGUUCUGACUUAAAUCAUCAGCAUCCUCGUAUGCAGAAACCCUGAUAUUAGCCUCUGUUUACACCAAGCACCACCACCUCCUCCUACCUCCCACCAUCCGUCAUGUCAGCGACCUUUAAUCACGGGUGUUCUUUACUGGAAACCAGUAGCUUUCAAAAUGACUAGCUAGCAUUGAGUUAGUGUGUGAAUGAUGAGUUGAUUGAGUAUGUUUCCUACCAUCUUUAUCUUGCAACUGUACAGUAUAUAUGACUUUAACAAUAGGUUUUUGCACAAAACUGAUUAGUUAACAUUUUUGGAUGGGAACUCGCCCCCAUGCCCUUGUUUUAAUAGUCCCAUUGUUCUUCAUUUCCUUUCUAUUGUUUGUGAUGUACAGUAUGUGGCUGCCACCGCAGCCCGUCAGCACUAUUUUAGUCUGAAUCAGAGGAAUUGGAUCCUUGGGGAACGAAUCACUUCUGAUGCUGGAUUUUCCUUCCUAAAACAUGGCAUCAGCCCUAAACAUCUUACCUUAAAGCUUCUUAUGCCUUCAUUUUGCAAAAUAUGUUUUUUAAUAUUGUAGCUGUAACAUGUAAUUUCCAUUAUAUGCAUGCUUUCCAAGCAGAGAAAACAAGACAGCUAGUGGUGAUUGAAUAAUUUCAGAAACUGCUACAUAUGACUAUAAAAUGUUCAUUAACUCAUAUCAAAGUAAUUCUAUGAGUUUCAUCCCACGUUCUCCAUCUGUCCAUUGUUAGAGCAGGACCUAAAGGAUAUUUUGUGGAUAGAUUCAACUUUAUGCAUUUUUAAUGCCAUUUGAAAAAAAAAGAUACAAACGGGAGGAAACUGUUUUUUUUAAGUUACUUUUGUACUUGUUACAAAAACAGACUGUUUUAUAAUCUGCCAAAUUGAAAUAUUAAUUUAAACCUCAUUAGAAAUGAAGGUUUUUGUUAUAUUUAAAAUAUUUUGUACGCAAUUACACAAAGAGAAUAAGUUUUAUAAAGUAAAUCUGCCAGUUUAGCUAAAAUGAAAAAAGUGUUUUUACUCAUAAAUAAACUUUAGUCCAUUUUUAAACA